AGUAGAUAACUGCAGAGAGUAUACGAAGGGUUUUCGUCCCAAUACUUACAAGACGCAUAAGGACAUCGACUCCUGACAGAUGAAGAAUAGCACUUGAGAAAAUAAUAGGAAAUGUUCCUGUAGUGUGAAGUAUGAGUAGCGAGAUGGAGAUGCUGAGGGAGGAGUUAGAUGUUCUCCAGUCCGUUUACUGUCUUCCUGGCGAGUGUGAAGUGGACAUUUCUGAUGGAUUUCACAAAUUAGCCUUGAAGCUAAGGCCUAACCCAGUUGAAAGUGGAGACCGGGUCACAGCCCCAGAGAUAUGUGUUACAUUUUACCUGAGUUCUGAAUAUCCCAAUAUUGUACCACAGAUCUCCAUUAUGAGUGCCUACUUACGUCGUGAUCAGCUGAGUAAGCUUAGACAAGAAACGUCCCUUCUGGCACAGUCUUUACAAGGACAAGCCAUGCUGGCUGACCUUAUAUCAUUUGCACAAGAAUACAUAGACAAAACACACAGUGAAUUCACUGACCAAUCAGGUGCCAUGUUACAUGGAACCUUUCAAAUUGGAAGCCAAUCAGAAAUAUGGACUGCUCUUUUGCAGCUUGAUCAUAUGCGAGCAAGAAAUAAGUAUGUGAAAACAAUUCAGAAUUGGAGCACAGAGCUUGGACUUGAAGGAAAACUUCUGUUCCAAGGAAAGCUGAUAUUAAUCUUAUUGCAAGGUCCACAAUCAAAAAUCAAGGACUUCAUUAUACGACAGAAGAGUGUCUGUGUGGAUGUAGACUCUCGGGGACGAAGCUGCAAGGAAAAAAUGAUGAGAGUUCUAUGUGAACAGAAGAGUAGCUCAUCCAGUAAAAGGUUUACAGAAUUUGAAGUAAAGGACUGUGAGACACCUAGAGAACUACAGAAUGUGUUUACUGAGACAGGACAUGAAGAUCUGUUCCACAACUUUGUACAGACCCUUCAGGGCUUCCACCCAUAAACAAUAUUGGACCUUCCUGAAUUUUAACAUUAGUGUUUACAAUUCUUUUAAAAAGAUUUUAUCAUUAGAUGUAAAAUGGACCUACAUUAAUUCUUUAUAGCAUUCAGCAGUUUGCCACGACGCCUAUGCAGGGAGCAUCUAAGUUCGGGUCCUUUCCGGAACUUUCCAAUGAAAAUACAUGUACAGGGCCUGUUUGGAAUCUACCAAUAAACAUGUACGGGGCCUGACUGGAGCUUCUUUUUUCAGCUAUAAAAUCCACAAAGUAUGAAAAUGAAUUGUUUUUUUGGUUUUAUAUUGUUGAAAUAUAGGUGGUGAGCUGUCGGUUUGGUUUUUCUCGUCCAAACAGUGCAGUGUGAAAGUGCGUGACAACAAUCAGUUAGUCGACUGAUAGUCAAGUCUCUAUUUAAGCAUGUUUAUAUACUGUGCUAGCAAAAUUGCAGACUACACAUGGUCAAUUAGCCUCUCUAUGGAGGUGUUUACGUAUUCAGUGCUGGCGAGAUCGUAGACUACAUGUGGUCAAGCCUCUAUAUGGAGGUGUUAAAUACUGUGCAGGUGAGAUUGUAGACUAAAUGCGGUCAAGCCUCUAUAUGGAGGUGUUAAAUACUGUGCAGGUGAAAUCGCAGACUAAAUGCGGUCAAGCCUCUAUAUGGAGGUGUUAAAUACUGUGCAGGUGAGAUUGCAGACUACAUGUGGUCAAGCCUCUAUAUGGAGGUGUUAAAUACUGUGCAGGUGAGAUCGUAGACUACAUGUGGUCAAGCCUCUAUAUGGAGGUGUUAAAUACUGUGCAGGUGAGAUCGUAGACUACAUGUGGUCAAGCCUCUAUAUGGAGGUGUUAUAUUAUUACAUACAGUACUUGUGUAAUCGUAGACUACAACCUAAGUGGUCAGGCCUCUAUAUGGAGGUGUUACAUACAGUACUGGUGUGAUCGUAGACUUAAAGUGGUCAAGCCUCGAUAUGGAGAUGUUAACGUUUGGUGCUGGUGUGAUUGUAGACUACACUCGCUGUUAUUUGCAUAUUAUAUAUUGCCUAUUGGCCAUCUUGUUCACCUUUAACCACAUUGAAGUAAGAUAAUAUUGAUGUCUGUAAUUAUUUUAUCUGUGACUUACAUCUAUGCACUGUGUGAUAGCUAUUUGUAGCCACUUAAGUUAUGACGCCAUCAGUGUAAAAGCUUCCAAAUAACAGUGCUAUUGUUGAAUACAAUAUGAUUGGUGUUCAGAAAGCUGUUCUAUAUCGAAAACAUCUUACAACUUUGCUAUCAUAUCUUCUAGAUACUUGAUCAAGUCCCCUGCAUAGGAAUAAAUUGAGACAAUCAAAACAGAUAUUGAAAUCCUUAUGGUGUUGUAAUUAGCACAGGGUGCCCCCUCUGGGCACCUCUUCUCUCCAAGAGGCAUGUGUUCCAUUUUGGAUCUCUAUAGAAUGAAGGCCCUUCAUCUGCUGAAAAUUGUCAUUUCCAACACGGCUACCAGCAGGUUAGGAAAGGAUCUUUGUAAAAGGCCAUGGGUUUGCCUGUCCUAGCGGUGGUUUGUUUUGAACAGAUUUGGGGCUUUGUUGAGUUUCCAUCAGGAUUUAAGAGAUGGGGGUUUACCUGUGUCCUGUGGUACAUUAAGUGACUUUUAUAUUAUAAGAGGAUGCAUAUGGUGUCUAAUAUGUAGAUGGAGGGUGAGAGGGCGCGUACAAAGAAUUUUGAAUCUUCAGUGGUUGAUGCAGUCGACUGCUAAAGGGACAUCAACUCAUCACAGUCAUAGAUAUGUUUGUCCCUCCUCCGAACACCUUCAUUACUAUGUAAAGAUUUUGAGUACAUGCUUCCUAUUACUUUGGACAACGGUUUGCCGAACUAGUGCUGUAGUUGAGGUGAAGCACUUUAGUCAGACAUAUUGGGUAUUUCUAUUGAAGAGGGAGUCACUUGCUAGGUUUAAUUUGAACAUAAUAUUUUUGAAAUAGCAAUGGAUACCGGGUGGAAACUGGUGGAUUGAAACCUUUGCUGCAAAAGAUUGAGAUAUUUGGUUGGCUUCCAUAGUAAUGGGAAAUCAUUUUAAUGAUAUUGCUGAAGAAUGCAUUGGCCAGGUUGUCCCAUGUGCAUGUGGAUGGUUAUACAAAUAUACACCCAAAGUUUAUUGCUAAGAAUUGAUGACCAUUUUGACCUUUGGUGACCCUAUAUUGACCUUUGUCUGAUUAAUGUCAUAAUAUGAUAGUGUAUAAGAUAUGCAAAUAAAAAGUAUACAACAUU